CCCCAUUUAGAAUUUUUCAUGUAUCUACAAAAAUAUCAUUUAAAAUGUUCGCUUAAUAAUUAUCCGAGCAAUGGCUAAAACGAAUAUUAAAUAUAAUUGCUAGGUGGAUCCAAUAACAAAAUAGUUUUACAUUCAAAAUAAAUAAACUUGACGAACCGUCAGCAUAGCAUAGAUGCGGAAAAUAUAGAAAAUAAAUCAAAAUACUGGAAUACCAGCAAGAGAUGGGGAGUUGUCUGUGCUGCUGGUACUGGUGUCAGCAGCCGCGUCCGCUGACAGCCACGGAGCUGCUGGUGGCAGCUUCCUUCAACACCGCUGUCAGGAGGAUAUCCAGAGUUAACUCGGACGACUCCUUAGACGGUGACCCGAACUACAACACCUUCAUCGCGCCGCCUCCCACGGGUCCCUGCCCUACGUUGUCCAAGCCUUACUACUCGAGCGAACGCCUUGUCUGGCAGAAGGAUGACAAGAACAACACGGAGAUGAUGGCGCUGGUCAAGCCCCUCCAGCGUCACCAAGAACAAGUGAAAAUCAGCACGCGCUUCAGCGAGAGGGACACGCUCCAAAUGGCCAGUAAAGAAGUUCAGCAAGAAUAUCACUCUAAUGGGGAGUAUCAUUGCCAGAAGUUAUUGUAUCAUUGCGAUGAUGAUGAAGGGGAUGACUCAAGUGGUAUUACAGAGAUGAUCAUACCCGUAGAAAAUACCGAUGAUAUUGAAGACUACGAUGAUGGUGAUGAUAGUCGUCAAGGGAAGAGCCCUGACGACCCCUACGACGAGUGCUUCGGGUCUAUCAUCGUCAGCACCCGACGAAUUAAUGACAAAUCAGCAAGCAUCCUACUAACGCAGCUGCGUGGCGUGCCGUGGGUGGGGUCAAGCGACGGACUUUCAGUGGAAGUGAAAGUUUUGAACACAUCAUACAAGGCCCACUGGGUCUUCCUGCCCAAUGCUAAGGGCGCCGAGAUACCAGUCCAGAGAGAAGUGACCGUAAAGCUUUCGAAGCAUCACACCAAGUCCCGAGCUGAUGACCACGUCAAGUCCAAUUCUUCAAUCAAGUCCUUCAGCUCGAGCUCCAGUCUCACCGACGAGCCCAGCGGUAAAAAGAACCAUCAUGUGGUCUUGGUCACGGUCUGGUCAGGCUGUCGAGACCAUCCCCGCUACUCAGCCAUUGGUCAUGCGCUGGUGCCCCUCAAGGUUGAAGAUAAUAACCUGCCUAGAAUAAUCGGGCUUUUCGGGCACACUAAGAUCCACGACGAGCUGGGCAGUCUCGAGGUGAGCCUGAUCAGCAGCAGCGUGAGCAGCAGUCGCAGCACGGGCACCCGCGGGCUGCUGCUCAAGGUGCUGCGCUCGCACGGCCUCGUCAAGCCAAACUUCCACUGGAUCGCCAAAAAAGCUUCCAAGACUUUGCACGAUAAAGACCGGACGGACGUGUGGUGCAGUAUCGCGCUCUGGAUCGCGGGCGAGAAAGUGAGCAAAGAAGUGACGACGAAGAUGCCGAUGCCGCUGACGUGUGAUCCAAACUUCGCUGCGUCCUACACCUUCUUCGUCCCCAAGCAGGAGCAGCACAGGGCGUGCAUCGUCAUCAAGGUUCACUGCGGUCGCAGUAUCCACGAGGUGACGAUAGGGAGGCUGGUGCUAGGCCCCCUACUCUACCUGGGUACCUACGACCACCCUCCCCUCGUGCAGGGGGAGUCUAUCAGCCCCAGACCAGUCACCCUGUCCCACUGGGGACGCUCCCUCAACACCCACUACCCCGUCACCGCCUGGCACCGGCUACGAUUAUGACCGUCUUAAUUAUAAGAGUUUUAAUUAAUGACGUCAAAGAAAAGAGUUUUAAUUAAUGACAUCUCAGUUAAGAGUUUUAAUUAAUGACGUCAAAGAUAAGAGUUUUAAUUAAUGACAUCUCAGUUAAGAGUUUUAAUUAAUGACGUCAAAUAUAAGAGUUUUAAUUAAUGACGUCUCAGAUAAGAUUUAGGAUUUAAUAUCGACAAUGAGUUGAAAUUUUCUGAGCAUAUUGAAGGUCAAGUUAA